UCUCGGGGUGCCUCGUUUUUGUUGUCGGUCCCCGCGGCGGUCUCGGGGUGCCUCGUUUCUGUUGUCGGUCCCCGCGGCGGUCUCGGGGUGCCUCGUUUUUGUUCAGUCCCCGCGGCGGUCCCGGGGUGCCUCGUUUCUGUUGUCGGUCCCCGCGGCGGUCUCCGGGUGCCUCGUUUUUGUUCAGUCCCCGCGGCGGUCCCGGGGUGCCUCGUUUCUGUUGUCGGUCCCCGCGGCGGUCUCGGGGUGCCUCGUUUUUGUUCAGUCCCCGCGGCGGUCUCGGGGUGCCUCGUUUCUGUUCAGUCCCCGCGGCGGUCUCGGGGUGCCUCGUUUCUGUUGUUCAGUCCUAUCUGACUCUUUGUGACUCCUUUUGAGGUUUGGUGGCAAAGGCGGUCAUGGUUUCCUGCUUUGAGCUUUUCACGGAUGAAGGAACGGAGGCAAAUAUGGUUAGAUGACUUGCCCAAAGUCACGUGGUAUCUGAUGCCCGAUUUGAACUCAGGAAAUUGUCUUCUUGAUGCUCUGUGUACUGCGGCGCCACCUAGCGGUCCGCCCUGGAGGUCGUUCUCCCCCUUUCUCCCUCGGCCCCCUCCGCGUUGGAGGCUGCAUUUCCACCUUUCUGUGUAGCCUCGGCGCCCCAAUAGCUGCUGGCAGAAAGUAAGCACUUGGAAGCCGCUGGCGAUCGUCGGGCGAGGCCCCUGGCGUCGCUUCUCACGAAGAGGUGAUGCCACACUAAGUUCCCUUGUUUGGCUUCUUGCCGAUAGUCUGGGAGUCCUUUUCCUAGAUCUCAGCGUUCGCCAGCGUCUCGAGCUCUUGCAGAAAGUGAAAAAAAGACGCCAGAGGGGCUGCUAAGACGGGUUUCUUUCAGUGCCUUGGAACUGGCUGAUGUCCUGGAUCCCCAAGUUCUCCACAGCUUGUUGGAGGGAAGACGGGGAGGGCUCCAGGAAUCUGGAUAACAAGACACAAAAGACUGAUUAAACUAGCAGUCACAAUAAUAACGAUGACAAGCGUCGUUACGGGGAGUAUGUGACGCGAUCAGAGGUUAUAUCAUCCGUGCAUCGGUUGUUAUUAUAAACAGGCAGCAUUUAUGGUUAAGGUUUGCAAAUGUAUCUUCAUAACGAUCCUUCAGUGGAAGUGCUGUUGUCUCCAGCUUUGGUGGAACAGGUUAUGUGACUUGCCCAGGGUCACACAGGAGGAAGUGCCAGAGGCUAGAUUUGAAGUCUGGGCUUUCUGAUCCAAGAUCCUGUACUCUCCACUGUGCCCCUUAGCGGCCCCAUACUGGCUUUGUAACAUAGGCAGCUCUCCAGUGUUCCGGCUGGUUUCUAAAAAUAGACGUUAGAGAGGAGGUGUAGACCUGCAUUGCUAGAGGGCCUUUCCUCACCUGGGAUUUCCCUGUACCUCUCUAUGUCUUUAUGUCCUAAUUUGAGGAAGAUAUAGGUGCCAAGAAGCAGGCUCUGGGUUCUCAGCCCUGGCUCUUGAAUCCUGCUCUGCCAACAGGGCUCCAGGAAGAUGCGAAGGCCCCUUAUCCCGUUCCUGGGAGAACGGGGGUCUUUUUUUGCUGCUCCUUGUCCUAUAAAGAAGAUGGGAGACACCCCCACGCCACAUAUGUUUGGGUGGAGGAGGGAGUGGGAGGAAGGAUUUCCAGCCUCCUGAACACUGGAAUUCUGGGAUCCUCCUCCGGACUUCCUUUCUCCGAGCUUUGCAUUCUGGGAUAUUGUGGGGCCCUCCCAGGCGAACAGAGAGGAGGAACGAGCUCCUGAUGAGUUCCUCACUCACAGGGACAGGGUGAGUCAGUUUCCUUUCUUUCUGUUCUCCAAUCCUAUUCUAGAGUCGAUGGAGCUUCUCUAAGCCUGGAGUGUACCUUUCCAGACGGAAUCCCUGCGCCCCAGUUUUAUCCCAAGGAGCAGGAGCUCAGUCUAGUCUGUUCCUCUGAACAUUCCCUGUGUCCCAGCUCUACUGUGAGGCUCGAUCUCUUGCUCUGUGAACUCUCACGUGUUGCGCCCUCCCUCGGACUCGGAGGGGCCUCUCUCGGCCCGGUUAGAUCAGUUCUGCCAUCUCUGCAAUCCGCCCUCCCUCCCUCUCCCUGACUUCUUGUCUGCACUAUGAAGCUGUGCCCUCCCAGGCUCCCUGCCCUCGCUUCCUGGCCCUGCCGGCCUUCCCUGGCCCGCACUUCCAUUAUCUCUAAGCCACCCCCUGAAUGAGCGCGCCUGUGGCUCUUCCCAGACAGAAACCUCUGCUCCCGCUCCCCUGCCUGUUCUCCCACUUCAGGCUCCACCGUCUCCCUGGAGAACGGAGACAUCCUGGAGAAAGGAGCUUUGAAAGCAGCAAACCUGGGUAAGCCCUGGGUCUGCUGCUCUUGGGACCUCGGUCUAGUCCUUCACCCGCUCUGGGUCUUAAGUUUCCUCAGCUGUAAAUGAGUUGCUUUUAAGUCUUCUAAACCAUGUUCCCAUGAGGUCGGUCACUGGACACCUCAGUGAUCUCCACAGGGAUGAUUCUUCCCCCAUUGUCCAUUUUGGUGAACAAAUGCCAGGAAAGUCUUAGCCCACAAAUUUUCUCUGGCUGGGCUGGCUGAGAAGCCCCUCUCCCCUUCCUUCCUUAGGUAUUCCUCCUGUUGAGACCCUAGGGGACCCACGUAUUUGGCAGAUCCCGAGAAUUGGCCUUUGUUAACUGGGCCCUUUGCCUUUUCUCGAACUCUGCUGACCUCUGCCCACAGUUGUUGAGACCCUCCAGAUACAGCCACACUUCCCAGGGUCUUCCUUUUGUCCAGAUGCCACUGAGGAGUGGCAGGUGCCCCUGAGAUAAUGGGGGCCCAGGCUCCAGCUGGCAAAGGUCUGGGGAGCAGAUGCAGGCUGUCUGCCGGUGUUGCUCUGGACCUGCUCUGCCCCACAUGGGGCCAUUCUGGAAAGGACCGGCUGCCCAGCAUCCGGUUUGGGGGCCCUGCUCCUCUUGGCACACUGGAUUGGGCUCCUUUGGUUCUCCUUCCUUCUGGCCAACUCCCAUGGGUGGGGCCUCUGGAGACUCCAUGAUGCUGCUGCUGACAUAGAGUUCCUUCUUUUUCUAGUUGUUAUACAAAUAUUCUCUUUUUAUAUGUUCAUUUAUAUAGUCAAGAAACUUGAAUAGUUCAAGGUGCAAAGAGUAAUGAAAAAGAGACAGUAUAUGAAAGCACGAAACUCUUACUCUCUGAGUUUUUUCUUUUUUUUUACUUUGUACAUUUUGGUUCUCUUUCUGUAUAAUUAAUUAUAACAUGGUAAUACCAUCACUCUUGGCCAAAUCUGCCUCCACUGCCUCCUUUCUACCUUCUUAUAGAGAUUCACCAAAUCGCUCUUCUCCCCUUUCCUUUGUUUUCUGUGUUGCCACCAGUAACCCCCAACCUUUACCCCAGUAAUGCAAAAGAAGCUUUUAUUUUAAGAAACAAGAACCAUAUGAGCUCAUUCUGUGUCUGUCUCACCCUGACAGCUCAUCACGGUCCCAUCUCUUGACUCCCAUCAGCCUCCUGGGCCUGGUCCCCCCACCCUUGUCCUUCUGACUGUAGCAGCUGGGGUGCCCAGGAGAAACCACUUGCCUGGUCUCCGUGGCCCCUUGAAAGCAUGUUCCCGAGUGGGUCAUCGUCAUUUUCUUCGUCACUGACUUUUCCUGAAACGACCUCCCUCUGUGCACUAUCUGACUCGUAUACGUGCAGCCCCUUCAGGGCUGGCCGGGGCCUGGAAGGACCCAGUCUGACAGUCUGCCCUGCCUCCCCCUUGCCUGCCCCUUUGACCACCAGCCUCAAGGCCAGGACUGGGGGGCUUGUCUCCUUCAUCCUGGUCGGUGUCAGUGGGGAAGGAUCUGUGCCUGUGGGAUCAGGCUACGCCUUUCUGUCCCUUAGAUCACCCUGGGACUCAGUUUUCUCAUCUGUAAAACAAAAUGAGGACGUAAAGAAGGUGUGCAGAGGCUGGAAAGGUGGCAGGAGCCAGGUUGUACAGGGCUUUGAAUGCCAGGAAGAGGAUUUCCUGUUUGAUCUUGGAUGUGAUAAGGAGACACUAGAAUUCAUUGAAUUAGGGGUAAGGUGGGAAUGAUGUAGUAAGAUCUGUGAUUGAGGAAGACCAGUUUGAAAGCGAAGUGGGGUCUGGAAGACCCAGGGACAGGCCUUGGUCCCAUAUUGGUAGUAGAGGGCUGAGAAGGAGGAAGAAGUUGGGGGUGACGGCUGGCUGGGAGCCUGGGUCUUGGACCGUCCUGGAGAAGUUGGAAGAAGUCAUGGGUGUGGAGGGCAGAGUUUGGGGCUCGGGGAGUCAGGUUGCCCAAGAGGUGUCCAGUUGUAGAACUUUGAAGUGAACUGGAGAUGUGAGCUUGGGGUCAGGGAGGUGGUCCAGCCGGAAACGGGAUCUGAGUGGAUCUGUCUAGGGGAGACAGUGGCAUCCACGGGAGCCGAUGAGAUGAUCGAGUGAAGUAGUCCAGAGGGAGACCAGCCAUGGUCAGAGGGUGAAAACCUGGCUGAAUCCCCAGCUCUGACAGGCAGGAGAACUAUGGGCGAGAAGGGGCCUGAAAACAUGGGGAGAGAGUGACCCAAAGGUCCCCGGCUGCAGGGAGGCCGAGGAGGAUGAGGACUGGAUACAGGCCAUUGGCUUUGCCAGCUGAGACACCACUGGCAAUUUGCCUGUGCUUCCCAGGACCGUGCGCUCCUUGGGGCAGGAACAUGGAAGGAGAAGCAACUUCUAGGCUGCGGAUGGCCCCCUUUCAGCGUCCGGUGACAUUCAGAGACGUGGCCGUGGACUUCUCGUCGGAGGAGUGGAGCCGGCUGACCUCUGCUCAGAGGGAGCUGUACAGAGAGGUGACGCUGGAGACCUACGAGAACCUGGUGUCUGUGGGGCUUUCUAUUUCCAAACCAGACGUCAUUUCCCAGUUGGAGAAAGAAGUGCCGUGGAUACCUGAGGGAGAAUUCCCAAAUGGCCCUUCCCCAGAUUCUUUUAAUCAGGAGACUAACUAUGAAAACAAGACGACAAUUCUGACUGAGGACAUUUGCCUGGAAGCAUUGGCCAAGGAGAGAGGGCCACAGGGCAAUCCCUGGUACCUCAACAUAAGAGACUCUGAGGGAUGUGAGGUCAACUUUGAGAGCCAAAAGUGUCCCUAUAAGGGAGAGUCCCAGGAGUUAACAGCCACUCACAAAGGAGCGUUUUGUAAGGCAAAUGUCCUUGAUUGUAAUUCCUUUGUGAGACAUUUUAGUCUGGGGCCCAAUUUUUUUCCACAAUGGAGAGCUGCUAUUGGAAAAAGUCUUCAUAAAUAUAAUACUCUUGGAAAGAAUUUCAGGCAGUUUUCUGACAGAAUUCAGCGUAAUGCAGUUACCUCAGGGAAGAAACUUGAUACGCAUAAUUCAGACAGGAAAACUUUCAGUUACCAUUCAGACCUCAUCAAAUGUCAUAGAGUGUGUGCUAGUGAAAACUUGUAUCAAUAUAACAACGGUGGAAAAGCCUUUGAUAAAAGAGUAGAUGUUACUGAACUUCAGAUUAGAGAGAAACAUCACAUUAGAGAGAAACUCUUUGAAUGUGAUGAAUGUGGGAAAGGCUUCAGAAGAAUGCAUUACCUUAAAAGCCAUCAGAGAACUCACACUGGAAUGAAACCCUUUGAGUGUAAUGAAUGUGGGAAAGCCUUCAAUGACAGUCGGAACCUAAUUAGACAUCAGAAAAUUCAUACUGGAGUGAAACCCUUUGAAUGUAACGAAUGUGGGAAAGCCUUCAAUGAAAGGCAAUCCCUCAUUAGACAUGAGAGAACACAUUCGGGAGUGAAACCCUUUAAAUGUAACGAGUGUGAAAAAGUCUUUGGCUGGAGGGAAAAUCUAGUUAGCCAUCAAGGAACUCAUACUGGGAUCAAACCCUUUGAAUGUAAUGAAUGUGGGAAAGGUUUCAGACGGAAGCACUAUCUUAAAAGCCAUCAGAGAACUCAUAUUGGAAUAAAGCCUUUUGAAUGUAGCGAAUGUGGAAAAGCCUUCAAUGAUAGUCGCAAUCUUAUUAGACAUCAGAAAAUUCAUACUGGAGUGAAGCCUUAUGAAUGCAAUGUGUGUGGGAAAGCCUUCAAUGAGAGGCAGACCCUGAAUAGACAUGAGAGAACUCAUACUGGUGUGAAACCUUUUGAAUGUAAUGAAUGUGAAAAGGCUUUUAUGCGGAAGGAUUGUCUUAAAAGCCAUCAGAGAACUCAUACUGGAGUGAAACCCUUUGAAUGUAAUGAAUGUGGGAAAGCCUUCAGUCAGAAGGGACACUUUAUUAUCCAUCAGAGAACUCACACUGGAGUGAAACCCUUUAAAUGUAGUGAAUGUGGCAAAGCCUUCAAUGACAGGCAGUCCCUUAUCAGACAUCAGAGAACCCACACUGGAGUGAAACCCUUCAAGUGCAAUGACUGUGGGAAAGCCUUCAAUGACAGGCAGAAUCUCAUUAGACAUCUGAGGACUCACACCGGAGUGAAACCCUUUGAAUGUAAUGAAUGUGGAAGAGCUUUCAAUGACAGGCAGAACCUUAUUAGACAUCAUAGAAUUCAUACUGGGGGGAAGCCCUUUGAAUGUAAUGAAUGUGGGAAAGCCUUCAGUGCUAGUCAGAACCUUAUAAGACAUCAGAGAAUUCAUACUGUAGGGAAACCAUUUGAAUGCAAUGAAUGUGGCAAAAGCUUCAGUCAGAAAGGACACCUUAUCAGUCAUCAGACAAUUCAUACUGGAGCAAGAGCCUUUGAAUGUAACGAAUGUGGGAAGGCCUUUAGCCAGAGAGGAAGCCUCAAUAGACAUCAGAGAACUCAUACUGGAAUGUAGCCCUUUGAAUAGAAGGGAUUUGGAAAAGUCUCCAGGCUUAAGCAACACCUUAAAAGCCUUCAGCACUCACAUUGAAGUGAGAUCUGUUUAACGUAGAGGUGUCAUUAGCCACCUGGGAGGCCUUAUUAUCAGAAACCCAGGUAUGCAACAAAUGUGGGAAAUUGCCCUAAGACCAUUAUUGGAUGUCAUCCAAUCACUCUGCUGAAGUGAGUGUACCAAGAGUGAGGAAGCCAUCAGGGAGAGGUUGUAGUCAUAGGGAGUGCAUGUGUGCCAGAGCAGAACAUGCAGCGGAUGGGAAAAAACUCAGAUCCUGGAGAGUCCUCAUGGGCUAUCCAAGAACUCAAAUGGAGAGAAUGCCUUUUAAAAUCCAGUGAAUGGGGGAAACUUUUGAUAGAAAGCGUCAUGAUCAGAAAUUCAGGCUGCAGGAAAGCCCUUUAAUAUAACAGCUGGUAGAGAGCCCUUUUCAGACUAAAGUUGACCCAAAACCCAUUGAAUCAAUACGUAAAGAAUAAGCACCACCUCAGUGAAGCUGUGGUUCUGAGUUUUCCCCCAGAGAAUAUGCGAUAGUUGAAUGCAGUACACAAAUUCUAGUAGCCAAGUGAUGGCAGUGAUAGAUUGGGUUUGGGAAGACUGGAAUUCAAAUCCAGUCCCAGAUACUUAUUAGCUAUGUGACCCCGGGCAAAUCACUUAAACCUGUUUGCCUUAGUAUUUUAGUAUUUCUGCCAAGAAAACCCAAAUGUGUCAUGAAGAGUUGAAGAUGAUUGAAACAACUGAACAGCUAAUUGUCCUUGACUAGGGUUUUCCUUGGAUGACACGUUGGUGGAAGCACUUGUAUGAUGAGGCUCUGUGCAAAGUGUUAUUAGUUCAAAAGCUCAGAACUGAACUCUGUGGACCCAAAUGGCAGGAGUUGGAACUGUGCAAUGCAUCAAAGUGCUGGGACCUAAGUGCUAAGUGACAGCUACUGAAGGCAUUGUUCUCUUUCACUAUAAAAGCACUAAAUGAUACCAGGGAGAGGGGGGGUUAAUACUUUGAUCGAGAGAACUCUAAACUGAGGCAAGCAUCCUAAUAGCCCAAAAGAACAGCUGAUGUUGCUGAUGGAAAGCUGAGUUUUGCUCAGUGUCCUUAAAGAAAUGUAUAACCAGCUUUCAAAGUACCAUCAUAAGCCUUUGGAACUUUUGUGUAUAGACUUUUUUCUUUCUGAAAGGAGGUAGAAAAAAAUGUAUUCAAAUAGUGACAGGUCAUCGUCCAGGUAACCAUGUUGUCGGACUAUUAUGGAAGCAUAAGCUAUACACGUUGAAUAUUUUUCUAGAGAGUAAGCACUAUUGCCUGUAGGCAAACAAAGCAGACUCCUUGAUGAGAGAGAUUAAUGAUGGAAAUUCAGCUAAAUGAGCUCCAAGAAGAGCCCAUCUGCUAUGCGAUGAUAAUCCCUUGGAACAAAAUGAAUAUAGUAAAAAUGGUGGUACUUAGGAAGGACAAUGAUAUGGGUCGGAAAGGAAACUUCUUUCUAAGGUGAGAUGGAGGUGCUGAACCUAAUUAAUUCCUUCUUGUCUUGUACUUGAACUAGAGGGAUUCUGUGGAUCAGAGAGGUAGGUAAUGUGGUGCUAGAUUUGAAGUAUGGAGACCCAACAUCUAAUCAUGUCACCCAGUUAUCACAAGUGGACCUUGUUGGGACUUCCUUUUAUCCAAUGUAGUAGGUAAUGUGGUGCUAGAUUUGAAGUAUGGAGACCCAACAUCUAAUCAUAUCACCCAGUUAUCACAAGUGUGACCUUGUUGGGACUUCCUUUUAUCAAAUGUAAAAAAGGAGUGGGUGGUGGUCCAUGUUCUUACAUGUUCUGAGGUCCCUUCCAGCGUUUGAGCUACGUUCAUAUGAAAAUUCAGCCAGUAUCAAAAGCUAACAGUGUAUUUUCUAGCAAUGAGAGAAGUGCUUCCACAUUUAACCAGAAGGCCUCCAUUGUGGGAGUGAAUGUUACCAUUGCUUUGUAUCAGGCAUUUCUUAAGUGCCUCUACCACAUGCUACUCGAUUACUCACCAUACUAGAGUAUAGCUAGAUCCUGAUUAGUGCAAAUAAUGAAUCCCAUGUAGUCAUCACAUGCUUCAGAUUCACACUAUUAAAAGAGAUGUAUAAAAUAUAUUCAUUGGUUCCAACGCAAUGGAAAUAAGCAAUGAAAAAAAAUUUAAUAAGUUUUGAUCUUUUUAUUAAUGUAAUAUAGCAAGGAAAAAUGUAUUUUGGAUUCUUUAAUUACAAAGUAAUAGAUUAUAGAAAAUAAAUUUUAAAUAUUACUAAAUAUACCUAAAGGCAAGCUUAUGCUCAGGAUAUGACAAAAAUGUCAUUUUAAAAAUAUUUUGCCAGCAUAGAUUGAUCUACCUUCUCUUUAACUCUUCAUGCAAAUGCUGAUAAAAGCAAAGAGCUUUUUCCACAUCUCAUUUGGAGAAUUUGCAUGCUUGCUUUCUCAUAUAAUGAACACCAAGUGGAGUUGGAUAACUUGGGGCAUUAUCUAAAAUCACUGAUGUUUUAAGUGAAAUGGUGUGGUCCUUGCAAUAUUUUACAACCGAUAGGCCCUCCUAACUUCAAAAACAGUCUUUGGAAACAGCUGUAGUCACCCAGGAUUUCUUAUUUCACUGGCAAUGAACUGGAAGCCUCUCACAGCACAAGGAUUGGUUUUGAUUAUAUGUCCCUGUCUGCAUUAUCUCUCAACAGAAGGGUUAGGUGAUCCUUAGAUACUUUUAAUCUAGGGUUUUUUUCCCUGUCUUGGAAAAAUACCCAUAUCCUUUUCCAGAGUAAGCCUGUUUCAUCCACAUUAAUAUGUUGUGGAUCAGUGCAAACGGCACCUUCAAUGAAUUUUUUCAGAACACCAGAAUUUUUAGCUUCAGCAUCCUUGUCUGCACCAGCCACCACACUAAUCAUUUAACAUUGAGUUGAACUUAAUCUUAAAGCACUCCAAUUGGAACCUGCAGUAAAAAGUUUCUUUGGGCAAUUCCACUUUCUGUCACUGUCUUAAAAAGGCUUUGAUCUGAAAGGCUGCUCUGCUGAGGAUGUGCUUUUUAUUGCAGUCUUCAUACAUCCAGAAUGAAAUCCAUUUCUAUCCCUCCAGCAGUUACAUUCUUGGCAGUUAUCAAGAAUUUUUUAAAACCCACAAAAUCUUGACCUUUUUUAUUUCAUUACUAUUUUCUUUCAUUUCAUGUAUGUAUGCUUUAUUAUCUGCAUCUUAUUUAGAUUUACUAUGACUGUUAAUUGCUAUUCAGCUACAUCAAAUUUUUGUUCUGCUGUAAGAACAAGCCUCUUCAUUGUGUGCUAGCAUUGUUUCCAUCUGAAGUAUUCUCCCUUUUGCCCAUUUCGUUAAAGGCUUUCUAAAAUAGAAAAUCAGUGCAACUGUUGGUAAUGUGGUUUGCAGCAGCACAUAUCCCCACACAAUUUUAGGAAAAUGAAGACUGCCUGCUAAAAUUCCUUGACAAGCUCAUGUGUCUUGUUAGUUGGAUUUUGAUCCACUAAAUGCAGUUGGUAUUUUGCAAUUUGUAUCAUAUCAAAUUUUACAUUAUUUGAGGUUGCAUCAAUCAUAACCUACCAAGCUGCUCAUCAGAAAAGUACACAGAUGAAGAAAAGAGAGUUCUGCCUUUGUGGCAUAUAAAUUUUAUCAGACAUAAUGAGCUCAUAGAAUUAGCUUUUAUCAGUUGCCCAGAGAUAAUUGGUCAAAAAGGGAGGAAACUUAUCUUUGCAUCAGAUUUCCAGAGUAAGCGUUUGAUAUCCAAGACAAUCAAGAGAAAUGUAUAAAACCAAAAGAGCCUUCCCUCAAAAGAAUAAAAUUGAUCAUAAUGCACUAACUGAUCCUCUUAAGAUGGAAGAAUCCUGAAGUUUCCCUUGGGGCAGUUUGGUAGUACAACCCAUACACUGUGUCACAUAAUUUACUAGCUGUAUCACUCCAGAGAAAUCCGCAGGGCUUCCAUUCUAUUUGCAAAAUAAGGAUGAUAAUAGCACUUAACUCCCAGCGUUUUGGGAAUAAAAUUAAGAUACUUGCAAACUAAUUUAUGGAACUCCAGUGCUUUACAGAGCAACUAUGUUUGAUUUAAGACGGUCACCAUUCUGUGGCAGGAACACAAGGUCUCAACUUCUAGGAGUCUCAUUGUGAGAAUUGGAUGGGAAUUUAAUUUCCACAAUUACAAAAAUCGAAUUGGACAAGAGAAAUGAAACAAAUUAGAAAAUUGAAAUUUAAGAAAUAGGAGGCUGGGACCUGGAAUAAGAUGUAAUUGGGGAUGAUUAAAUUUGAAAAGGAAUCCUCUGGACUUUGCUACCUUCCCUCUUGUUUUGUCAUCUUCCCUCAUAAGAAUGUAAGCUCUUUGAGGGCAGGGACUGGCUUUCUUCUUGUUUUUACUGGUGUUCCCAGGGUUGGUUUGACAACAUGCUUGGCUGGCUGGUUGGGAAUUGGGAGGGAUUUGCUCUCUGGAAAAGAAUGCCUUUGCAAUUUCAAAUAUGUUUACUGGCCUAGGUACCUGCUCUUGCAAGAAUGUAAAAUAAAAUCCUUCCAGGAUUGA